CAGUGUGGGCCGGGCUGGAGGUGGCCGCGGCGGCUGGCGGAGGAGGAGGAGGAGGUGGAGCUAGGCACCUUUUUGAGGUGUUCUCAUGCGAUGGCUUCAAGCCACAGCUCUCAACCAGUGCCUCAUUCUGGCAGCAGUGAUGGAAUCUUCAAAAAAGAAAUGGACGCUUCCAAAAAACCCCUCAGAACUGUUAGAUCAUUACCAGAUGUUUGCCCCAAGGAACCAACAGGAGGUACUAGAGGUUUGCGUGGCCCAUCAGUGGUGGCAGAUCAGCACAAGUGGACGGUUUAUCAUUCCAAAGUGAACCUUCCUGCAGCACUAAAUGAUCCCAGACUUUCCAAAAGAGAAUCCGAUUUCUUCACUAAAACAUGGGGAUUGGAUUUUAUGGAGACCGAAGUUAUGCCUUCCUUCUACCUCCCGCAAAUCACCAAGGAGCACUUUGCACCCUACCUACAAGAAACUGCUUCUCGGCAAAGAAUUCAUGAAAAAUGCAAGGAAACAUGCCCAACUAAGGAUGGGCUUGACAGAUCGCUUUCAACCACUGUGCACAGCAACGACAAAUCGAGGACUGAUUUGGAACAAGUACCUAAGAUAUUUAUGAAACCAGACUUUGCUCUGGAGGAUUCUCUUACAUUUUCUUCUGUCUUGCCCUGGUCACAUUUCAGUUGUCACCAUGGAGCUGGUGUAAAAGGAGCCCGUGAUGGGGCUUCCUCUAGAUUACUACAAGAAAAGUUGAGCCAUUACUUGGAUGUUGUGGAGGUUAAUAUAGCGCACCAGAUUUCUCUCCGUUCUGAUGCCUUUUUCCAUGCUAUGACCUCUCAGCAUGAGCUGCAAGACUACCUCACAAAAACGUCACAAGCUGUAAAAAUACUCCGGGAUAAAAUUGCUCAGAUUGACAAAGUCACAUGUGAAGGAUCUCUGCAAAUAUUGAGGCUUGCUAUCACUAGAAAUAACUGUGUUAAAAUGUACAACAAGCUCAAAUUAAUGGCCACCGUUCACCAGACGCAGCCGACAGUGCAGCUGUUGCUCUCCACUUCAGAGUUUGUUGGGGCACUGGAUUUAAUUGCAACAACACAGGAGGUACUCCAACAGGAACUUCAAGGGAUUCAUAGCUUCAGGCACCUUGGUUCACAGCUCUGUGAGUUGGAGAGGCUAAUAGAUAAAAUGAUGAUAGCAGAUUUUUCUACCUAUGCCCGUAGUGAUUUAAACAGACCUUUGGAAGACAACCAAGUGUUAGAAGAGGAAAGGUUAAUAUCUCUAGUGUUUGGGCUGCUAAAACAAAAAAAGCUAGACUUUCUGGAGACCUACAGUGAAGAAAUGAUUGUUGCUGCAAAAAAUAUAAUUAAACAGAGUGUAAUUGAAACCAUUUCACAAAUGGAAGAAAUUGAUACUGAAGCUGUAGUGAAGCUUGCAGAUCAAAUGAGAAUGCUGAACUUCCCUCAGUGGUUGGAGCUUUUGAAAAACACAUUUUCAAAUUUUAUUAAGUUUCUCAAUAGAGUUAAGGCAACGAUAAACAUCAUUCGUAAUGUUGUCUUCCUGGUAUUGGACAAAAGUCGGGAAAGAAACAGGGAGCUGGAAACUGCAGCUUGUCAGAAGAAUCCCGUUUUGGGUCAUAGUUUGGAGACAGAAGUGGCAUAUUUGACUCAUGAAGGCAUGUUUAUUAGUGAUGCAUUUAAUGAGAGAGAACAACCUGCAGGAUUAGACACUGAGCCCCAAAGAAUAUCUUAUCAUAACAGUGAACCUUGUGGCAGCGAUUCUACGUCUGAAGUCGAGUGCACGACCGAUUCAUCCUCCAGUAAGGAGCAGACGUCAUCCUCAGCCACAGGGGGAGUGGAGAUAAUGGUCACUGAUGAUUUGAGACUGACUGAACUGGAACUUGGCAGAAUUGCUAACAACAUCCAGGAACUACUCUACAGUGCCUCUGAUAUCUGCCAUGACAGAUGUGUUAAGUUUCUUAUGGCUAGAGCUAAGGAUGGGUUCCUUGAGAAGCUGAAUUCUUCUGAGUUUGUGGCACUCUCACGCACAGUGGAAGCAUUUGUUCAGGAGACUGAAAAGAUAUGUGGCAGGCGAAGCAUGUCACUUCGUGGAGCUCUGCAAAGCCAGGCUAAUAAGUUUGUGAAUCGGUUCCAUGAAGAACGGAAAACCAAACUCAGUCUCCUGCUAGAUAAUGAGCGUUGGAAACAGGCCGAGGUUCCAGUUGAGUUUCAGGAUCUUGUCAAUUCCAUAGCUGAUGGCGUAAUUGCUUUACCUGAGAAGAAAACUGCAGCUCCGCAAGAAAGAAAACCUGCAGAUGUCUUGGCUGUAGAUGGGCAAAAGUAUGCUGUAGUUGGGACUGUUUUGCUGUUAAUAAGAAUUAUUUUUGAAUAUUGCCAGUGCGUAGAUGACAUCCCCUCUAUUACUACUGACAUGCUAACUCGUCUCUCUGACUUAUUAAAGCAUUUCAAUUCACGGAGCUGCCAGUUAGUACUUGGUGCAGGCGCAUUGCAGGUUGUGGGGCUGAAGACAAUAACUACCAAAAACCUAGCUCUUGCUUCUCGCUGUUUGCAGCUUAUUGUGCACUACAUUCCCAUAAUUAGGGUGCACUUCGAAGCUCGACUACAGCCUAAGCAGUACAAUAUGUUGAGGCAUUUUGAACACAUCACUAAGGAUUAUAAUGACCAUAUCGCUGAAAUCUUGGCAAAACUCGUUGCAAUAAUGGAUGGUCUCUGUGACAAAAUGCUGUCAAAGCAUGAAGUUAAAGCUCCCGUCCCCUCUGGCUGCUUCAGAAAUGUUUGCAAACAAAUGGCUAAAAUGCAUGAAGCGAUAUAUGAUCUUCUACCAGAGGAACAAACACAGUUGUUGUUUUUGAGAAUCAAUUCUAGCUUUAAAGUCCAUCUGAAGAGGCAGCUGACCCGUCUUAAUGUCGUCAACGAUGGAGGACCUUUACAUGGGCUUGUUGCAUCAGAUCUAGCUUUCUAUACUGGAAAUAUCCAAGCAUUAAAAGGACUUGAGAAUUUGGACCUUAACAUGGCAGAAAUCUGGGAACAGAAGAGGUGACCCUAGGACCCUCGAGAAGCUGCUUUUCCAGGGCGUUUUCAUGAUAAUCCUGGACCGUCACUGCCCUGAGAAUCAAAUAUCUUAAUGAGAGUCCACACUGAGCUUUUCUCUCGGAAUGAAGACUAAAUCAGGGAGUGAUUCACACGAGAUGUCCUUCAGUGAUCAACUGCUCAGCUGUUCGUUCAUGGUUUCUACAACCUUUGAAACCAGCUUCAGGUUUCUUUGGACCAAACCCAAUACUGGAAGUCUGUAUGUAGCACUAAAGGAUGCUUUGCAUCUGAUUAUUUGUAUAUUAAACCUCAUGUGCAAUCAUAACACUAUCUGUUAAAAAGUUCCUACAGUUGUAACUAAUGAUGGUACAGUUUGUAAAAUAUAUUUUAAAUAGGUGUAAAUUCUUGCAACAUUUUCAAUUUGUGAAAAUGGAUUGGUCAUUUCUUAUCCAUGGGGGAGGGGGAUGCUAAUAAUCUUGGAGCUUUAUUUUUUUACAAACCUUUCUAUGGAUUUUAAAAACCAAGUCUUUUUGAAUGGUGGUUGCAUAUAAGAUGAACAGUUUCUUAUAAACCACAGUUUAAAAUCUAAAAUGGAAGUGUUGCAGAAAAUGUUUUUAGGUGUCGCAUUCUUAUUAUCCUGUAGAUUAUAGUUGGGUGUUUAUAGUAAAGUUUGUUUGAGGGAUCAACUGUUCAAUUUUAUUUGCCAUUGCAAAUAUGGCAGAUUUCAGGUUUUUAUUCUGAAAUACCUGCUUAUUAAACAAAAUGUUUUUGUGCUCAAAAUGCUUCACUGGAAUUUUAUGGAACGCUUCAGGUUAAACUAUGGUUUUUAUUGAUUUACAAACAUUUCGAAGCAGAAUUUAUGGCAGUUCAAUCUCAAUUUCCAUCAUUUCUGUGGGAGUUUUGUAAUAACGUGCAAUCAGUAACCUGAGUUAAAGGAGAAUGUCUACCCUACAGUCAAGUGCCUAAUCUUACAGCACAGCAUUAGUUUGUGCUACUAAGAGUAAAGUCCUUAUCUUCUGAGUGCCUAACAAUACAUUAAUGGCGCUGAAGGCAGACUUAUCUCCCCUUCGACUGCUAUUAAAAUUAAUUUAAAGGUUGCUUGCUGGGGAGGUUCACGACUAACCAUAAUAUCUCUCCAAUUCUGAUGUUUUUAAAACUGAAAGUUCAAAAUAAAAAUUAAA